CUCUCUCUCUCUACUUGGUGACGGCUCUGAGAUCUCGUCUGCCUCUUCAACUCUCACUGCCUCGUCAACCAUUCACCUCAUUGCUUCUCUUCUUGAAUCAACCCCCAUUCCACCCGUUGCUCUACAGAUUUCAUCAGCUUAUCGCCACAUUUGAUAUGUAAUGCUAGUGAAGCUGCUGCACUUCGUCUCCAAAACACUUUUUAGGUGAAAAGUGAGCUCUCGAGAGUAUUCAUCUGAACACAUUAUCCGUAGUUGCUGCAGCUAAUGAGAGUAAGGUAGUUGUUGAACUUUUGUGCGGAAAACUGAAAAGAUUGGUGACAAUUUGGCGAUGUAAAUACCCAUAGAUGUCACAAGAGGAGAAGUAUGACGAUGGUGAAAUUUCCUAAGCGCUACUUGAUCGUCAUAUUGACCUUUUUCUGUACCUCUGUUUGCUACAUAGAACGGGUGGGUUUUUCGAUUGCAUAUACAGUUGCUGCUGAUGCUGCGGGGGUAAACCAGUCGAGUAAAGGCACAAUUCUUUCGACAUUCUAUUAUGGUUAUGCUCUGUCACAAGUGCCUGGAGGUUGGGCAGCUCAGAAGAUUGGGGGAAGGAAGGUUCUUCUUCUUUCUUUUGUGUUAUGGUCAGCUACGUGUGCGUUAGUGCCCCUAGACCCCAAUCGAGUCUUUGUCUUAGUGUUGGCUCGGCUGCUUGUGGGUGUUGCACAAGGUUUCAUUUUCCCCUCAAUUCACACAGUUCUUGCUCAGUGGGUUCCACCUCAUGAAAGAUCUAGAUCUGUUUCUCUGACUACGUCUGGUAUGUACCUAGGAGCAGCUGCAGGAAUGCUUCUCAUUCCAAGCAUUGUAAAGUACAGAGGCCCCCAAUCUGUAUUUCUUGUGGAGGCAGCAUUAGGUGGCUUGUGGUCUUUGCUGUGGUUCAAAUAUGCCAGUGAUCCACCCUCCUCUCAACAUCCAAAAGCAACAGCUGCUGGUUUUGGGGAAUCUUUGUUGCCGAUCGGUAGAAACCAAAAGUUGAAAGUAGAGAAUGGAGGAAGUAUCACUAGGACUGCCGAAAUCCCAUGGAAGAAAAUUUUACUCAGUUUGCCAGUGUGGGCAAUCGUGGUUAAUAAUUUCACGUUCCAUUAUGCUUUAUAUGUGUUGAUGAACUGGCUGCCAACAUACUUUGAGUUAGGCCUCCAGCUUAGCCUUCAGGAAAUGGGUUCUUCUAAGAUGUUGCCGUAUUUCAACAUGUUUAUAUUCUCAAAUAUAGGUGGGUGGGUAGCUGACCACUUAGUCACCAAGAGAAUACUCUCUGUUACUUAUACUCGCAAGUUCUUGAACACCGUUGGUUUCAUAGUUGCUUCUCUUGCAUUGAUGGCAAUUCCCAUCUUCCGAACUUCUGAUGGGGCUGUCUUUUGUUCAUCGGUGGCUCUUGGUUUUUUGGCACUUGGGAGGGCUGGCUUUGCAGUAAAUCACUUGGAUAUUGCCCCGAGAUAUGCAGGUAUUGUAAUGGGAGUCUCAAACACUGCUGGUACCUUAGCUGGCAUUAUUGGAGUUGAUCUAACUGGCAAGCUUCUUGAAGCUGCAAGAACUGCUGAUUCGAGUCUUUCAAGUCCAGAGAGCUGGAGACUGGUGUUUUUAAUUCCGGGUCUGCUCUGCAUUUUCAGUUCUUGUGUAUUUUUACUAUUCUCAACAGGGGAGAGAAUUUUUGAGUGAGUUAGGCAAGCCUUAUCGCAAAUCUCUCUUCUAGCUCCUCGACAGUAUUUGGAUGAUGAAUUGACGAUUGUUUGUUAUUUGGAUGUUAAAUUUACAGUCAGUGCAGUGAGCUUGCUGAUUUAGUGUAGGCAUAUAAUGGGAAAGCAUAUGAACUUUUGUAAUAGUCAGCUAUACUUGGUGAUGAGGUUACAUGAUUUACAUCGCAUGCUAUUCACUCCUUUCAGCAUGUAAUUCAUUUUACUGCUAUUGUUUAAGCCCGACUGUCUGAGGGUUUUAUUAGGAAUCGUUAUCAGUUGAUCAGUUGCACCAACUGAGAGAGAUCUGUUAUAUUACUGUAUGUUUCUCCAAGAGAAAGAAAUAAGGUUUCUAAUU